AUGUCGAAAGUUCCAGUGGUAGGGAUAGUAGCAGCGCUGCUGCCAGAGAUGGGCAUCGGUUUCCAAGGUAAUUUGCCUUGGAGACUAGCCAAGGAGAUGAAAUAUUUUAGAGAAGUCACUACAUUGACCAACGAUAACAGCAAACAAAAUGUAGUUAUCAUGGGCAGAAAGACAUGGGAAUCAAUUCCUCAGAAAUUCAGACCAUUGCCCAAGAGAAUCAACGUCGUAGUGUCAAGAAGCUUCGAUGGCGAACUACGCAAAGUGGAGGACGGUAUUUACCACUCCAAUUCGCUGCGCAACUGCUUAACAGCAUUGCAAUCGUCCCUAGCUAACGAGAACAAGAUUGAACGCAUAUAUAUCAUUGGUGGUGGAGAAAUCUACCGUCAAUCAAUGGAUCUGGCUGACCACUGGCUCAUCACAAAGAUUAUGCCGCUGCCAGAGACCACCAUCCCACAAAUGGACACUUUCCUACAAAAACAAGAAUUGGAACAGAGAUUCUACGACAACUCUGAUAAAUUAGUAGACUUCUUACCAUCUUCAAUACAAUUGGAAGGAAGACUUACUUCCCAGGAAUGGAAUGGUGAACUGGUCAAAGGCCUUCCUGUCCAGGAAAAGGGCUAUCAAUUCUACUUUACACUGUACACUAAAAAAUAG